AUGGUGGUAUUUGUCGACCUUGACGAUUCAUUCUCCGAUGGAUCGGCAUUCUUGGAGAAGCCGUUCCCUGUGGUUGACCCCAUCGCGUCGGAGCCGGCCGAACUACCCACAUCGCCUAUUUCGCCGAAUGAAACGACCGAGGAGAUCCAAAAUCCUAAUCGGAAUGGAUUCUCCGCAGCUUUGAGCUGUUAUCCCAUCGUCAAAGAAAUCGCUCGUGCCAUCGAUUUGAAUACCCUCUACGCCUUAUCAAAUUCAUGUCGCCAAUUCCACGCCAACUUGGCGCCCUUCCGCCACCAACUAGCGAGAGAGACUCUCCGCUGCGAGAAUGAAUACAUCGAAACUCUUGCAGAGAUGCUGCACAGCGGCUCUGUCCUCCCAGACAGUAUCAAAUCAGUCAUACGACUACUUAGCCGCUCCAGUGGCGAGCACGGUCGGAUGACUCGCGGGAAGGUGGGCAAGUGCGCACGCGAUAUGGUGGGUGAAUGUCGACGCUGCGCCAAGGUUGUAUGCAGAAACUGUACCAUUAAACCUCCUUCCCAACCAGCUCUGAAAAACCGUAUUCGCCGUCUCUGCCGACCAUGUAGAACAGCGCCACUCUCCUCCCACCUCACUUACAUAACCUCAGAUCCGCACAAUCCCGACUCCUGGGAUGAGAACAGCGUCGCGGCAAUUGCAUUCGCCCGCAACCCCUGCAACUGCGAGGAAGCCGUCUGGCUGUGUACGCAUUGUGGAAUGACGCUGCGCAGUAAUGAUACGACAUAUCGUCGGGUUUGGACAUGGCGCACGCGCUAUAGCACGUACCUCGGUGGCGGGCUGGGCACUGGCAUUGGAGAGAGCUGUCAGGGCGUUAAGUGCGGGCGUGGUGAGAACUGUCUUGCUGCGCAGGAGAUUGAGCUUGAGGUUGACUGUGAGGCGGAUGAGGGAUCCGGAUCUGGGGGUGACACCAGCACAGUACAGAGUCCUGCAGCUCCUCCGUUGUUUGGCUAUGAGGGUAUUGGUAUCUCGGUGGAUAGCUAUGAUGAUGAUGAGGAGCCUGGGUAUUUCAGGCAGGAGGUUAUUGGGCUGGGUGGCGUUGUUAAGCAAAAGUCUAAGAAGAGGGUCAAUGUUGGUGCUUGUGUUGUUGAGUAUGAGGAUGAGAGGGAAACGGGGAACUAUCUUGAGAGGGAGGAAAAGGGCUUGCAUCGUGCUUGGUGUGGGUGGUGUUCUAGAGUGAUUCCGGCGAAAAGCGAGCAGACUUGA